CCAGACGCCAACCUCUGGCUUCUUCUCUCUCUUUCAUUCAAUCUCCCCUCAUCGCAUAGCAGAGGCAAACCAUCAGAACCGCUGGUUCUUGGUCUUUCUGACGCGUUCUUUCUUUCUCCCCUUGUGCCAGAAUCUACCUGCUUGACCCUCGAGUUGACCUGACAACCGCGUUUUCACCCUUGCCCAGAAACCCUUUGCGAAUCAACUCAACUCAGCAGAAUGUCUGGCUACGGCGGCGGUCGAUCCAACGGCGGUGGUUACGGAGGCGGUGGUGGUGGUGGUUACGGUCGUGAUCGUGGUGAUCGCGGCGGCGACCGCAACGGUUAUGGAGGCGGUGGCUACGGUGGAGGUCGUGGCGGAUUCGGCAACGGCCAUGGCGGAGGCUACGGAGGCGGUGGUGGUUAUGGAGGCGGUUAUGGAGGCGGCGGCGCUGACCGAAUGGGUCACCUCGGCGCUGGUCUGCAAAAGCAGGAUUGGGAUCUCUCUACCCUUCCCAAGUUCGAAAAGGACUUCUACAAGGAGUCUCCUGAUGUCAGCGCCCGCUCCUCAGCCGAAGUCGACGAUUUCCGUCGCAAACAUCAGAUGACCAUCGCUGGUCGUGAGGUCCCCAAGCCCGUCGAGACUUUCGAUGAGGCUGGCUUCCCUCGCUACGUCAUGGACGAAGUCAAGGCCCAGGGUUUCCCUGCCCCUACCGCCAUUCAGUCUCAAGGAUGGCCCAUGGCUCUCUCUGGACGUGACGUUGUCGGUAUUGCCGAGACUGGUUCCGGAAAGACUCUUACCUACUGUCUUCCUGCUAUUGUUCACAUCAACGCCCAGCCCCUGCUCGCCCCUGGCGACGGCCCCAUUGUCCUGAUCCUUGCCCCCACCCGUGAGCUUGCUGUCCAGAUCCAGCAGGAAAUCUCCAAAUUUGGUCGCUCAUCGCGCAUCCGCAACACCUGCGUCUACGGUGGUGUUCCCAAGGGCCCUCAGAUCCGUGACCUCUCCCGAGGUGUCGAGGUCUGCAUUGCCACCCCUGGUCGUCUCAUCGACAUGCUUGAGGCCGGCAAGACCAACCUGCGCCGUGUGACUUACUUGGUCCUCGACGAGGCUGAUCGCAUGUUGGACAUGGGUUUCGAGCCCCAGAUUCGCAAGAUUAUCGAGCAGAUCCGACCUGACCGACAGACUCUCAUGUGGUCUGCCACCUGGCCCAAGGAAGUCCGUGCCCUUGCUGCCGACUUUUUGCAAGACUUUAUCCAGGUCAACAUUGGUUCCAUGGAGCUGGCUGCCAACCACAGAAUCACCCAGAUUGUGGAGGUUGUUACCGAAAUGGAGAAGCGAGACCGCAUGAUUAAGCACCUCGAGAAGGUCAUGGAGAACAAGGAGAACAAGAUCCUCAUCUUUGUUGGCACCAAGCGUAUCGCGGACGAGAUUACUCGAUUCCUCCGCCAGGACGGAUGGCCUGCUCUCUCAAUUCACGGAGACAAGCAGCAGAACGAGCGAGACUGGGUCCUCGACCAAUUCAAGACCGGAAAGAGCCCUAUCAUGGUUGCUACCGACGUGGCGUCCCGUGGUAUCGAUGUUCGCAACAUCACCCAUGUGUUGAACUACGACUACCCUAACAACUCGGAGGACUACAUCCAUCGUAUUGGUCGUACCGGUCGUGCUGGCCAGCACGGAACGGCCAUUACGCUCUUCACCACUGACAACCAGAAGCAGGCUCGUGAUCUUGUCAAUGUCCUCCAGGAGGCCAAGCAGCAGAUCGAUCCUCGCCUGGCCGAGAUGGUCCGUUACGGUGGCGGCGGCGGUGGUCGCGGCUACGGUGGUUACCGUGGCCGUGGCGGCGGCAGAGCCAACUCCAACAACCUUCCACUCGGCAAUCGACGAUGGUAAGAAGGAAGAAUUCGUCAGCGACCCGGACAGGCGCAAGUCAAUGACUGUGCGUACCCGGAGGGCAUGACAGACGUGAACGGCCCAUUGCACUCAAACGGCGUUUGAUAGAGGACAGGAUUGGUUUCAACUAGACAUUGACUCGCAUCCCUGCGAAGUCAUCGGUUAUUUGGUUUUUGCUGUUGACGGAUAUUUUGUCGUUUUGCUUUUGCCUCUUUUUCUAUUUUUCUUUUCUAAUGGUUUGAACGUAUAUCACAUAAGGACACGGGAGAAGGUGAUCCAUUGUUAUCAGUCACUUACUUUGCUACCAUUUCGAUGAAUUCAUCGACACUGGCAUAGGCUGCUCUGCCUCGAGGGUUAACAUGUAUGUUGAUAGAGAAAAAAACGAGGUCUGGAAUGACACGCAUUUGGGCAUG